CGCUGGCGUCGCAGAGCUUCUGCGCAUCUGAGCUUGUCUAGCGACUAUACUGACUGCCCUUGCUGUUCUCGCUAGCCAUGACGCUGCUGCAGGUUUUAUUCCUCCCCGUGCCUUAACAAAUUUCUCCUCCUCCUGCUGCGACGUCGAAACGCAAUCGCCCUGCGUUUUGUGGAUUGAAAGAGCUGCUCCGCUCAACUUUUGCGGAACUGUCUAGGGUUAAGUAUUGGUAGGAGUGCUGUGGCCAGGUCUUGUGGUGACGAUAAAUAUUUAUUGGCGCGAUCGGCUCUGCGGCGCGGUGUGGCGAGCUCUUGCGUUAGGGAUAGAUUCCGAAGUGGCGUUGGCAUUUCCUGUGGCUGUUUGAAGGCUGGUUUCUUGAUUAGGGCUGUGACAAUCUUCUGAUUUCAGGUGAUUUCAGGUGAUUUCAGGUGAUUUCGGCUGGUCCGUUAGCGUAUUGGUAUUAGGUAGUGAUCAAAAUCGCGACUCUGGCGAUGAAGUGGAAUUCGUGAAGUUCGCUUGGAGGAGAUUAUCGUUUUUCAGUCCUUUAAAAAAAAUAACUAAAGAAAAAAGGAAAGACAACCAAAAAGAAGAGAAGAAGAAGCAGUGUUUGGGGAGGUUGCCGCUUCUUCCUGGAAGUGUUGGAAGCUUGAAUUAUAGUAGUCCGAGGGGUAGGUGGCAUUGUUAUCGAUUGUGGAAUUCGUGGGUACAUGAGCGGCAAGUGAUGCUUCCUUUUCAGCUCGGAACGGACUUGGACGUUGGCCUUUAUACCUGAGUAGAGGUGAUUGCAUGCGGGAAGCAAAAUGCACUAUCUUAAUAAUCAAAAGAGCUAUGGCGCAGCAGAGAUAAAAGUAUGAUGGGGCUUUGCAGCCAUUGUAAGAGCCGGCAAUGAGCUUCAGGAAUGGCGAAGCAGCGGAAACAGAAGCAGAAAGAGCAGAGACCCUCAGAUAUAGGGGUCAUCAAAUCGAAUGAAGGUGUUGCUUCAUCUUGCUGCACGAUACUUCACCAGAAGCUUUGUGUGGUCAUCGACCUAGCUGCUCAGCGGAUUUAUGGGCAUACAGAACUAAAGGUUGCGGUAAAGCAAGGAGGAAAAGUAGGUGAAGCGAUCGGGUUGCAUGCUCGAGAUCUGCACAUUGAACAGGUUCUUGUCGACGGUGUUGAAGCUCAAUUUGAGGUUCUGAACCAAAAACAUUUCUCUGAGGUGAACGUUAAUGAUGGACCUCACCCCGCACCUUACACUAAGUCGAAUCUGGAGGCAGCUGACGAUGCGUAUAAGAAGUACUCAGGGGAUCUUUAUGCGGAAUCUCUGCCUGAGCUUCUUGUUUAUCCUCCUCCUUCCUCGACACCAACAGGGCCGGGCCAAGUUCCUGAAAUGACCCUAGAGGUUGAUGCGGGACUGGAGAACGGGUUCUCACAGUCAGGGUUUGAUACUAAGUCCGAGAGCGCUAACUUGGUGGCUCCAACCAAUCCUCAGUCAGAAGAGGUCAAAAUUUUGCGUGUGGAUUAUUGGGUAGAGAAGCCACCCUCAGGAGGUCACUUUGAAGGGCAUCUUUUUUACACUAAUAAUCAGUUGAGGCGAGCACGUUGCUGGUUUCCUUGUGUAGACUCAACCCUGCAACGAUGCAGUUUCGACCUUGAGUUUACAGUCCGGUCAGAGUAUGUUGCAGUUAGCAAUGGCAAAUUGCUUCACCAGGUGUACAGCAACGAGGGAACUCAUCUCAAGACAUAUGUCUACAGCCUUCCGAUCCCAACUGCGGCAUCCUAUGUGUCUCUGGUUGUUGCACCUCUAGUGGUUCUUCCAGAUCGGCAUCAUUCAAAUGUGUCUCAUUUGUGUAUGCCGGGCCUGGAAGCAACGUUAAAUUCGUCCAUCAAUACCUUUCACACUGUUUUCAGCUUAUAUGAAGAAUACCUGGGAGCCCCUUUUCCAUUUGGAUGCUAUAAACAAGUAUUUCUCCCUGGUGAUGCCGUCAUUUCAACAAGUAGCGUUGGAGCAUCCUUAGCAACAUUCAGUGCGGAUCUUUUGGCAGAUGAACACAUUAUUGAUCAGGCUAUAAGCACACGUAUCAAGCUUGCAUACGCCUUGGCUCAACAGUGGUUUGGUAUCUUCAUAACGCCUGAUUCUCCAGCGGAUGAUUGGCUCUUGGAAGGUUUGGCUGGAAUGCUCACGGAUCUUUUUGUCAAGCGUUUUCUUGGAAACAAUGAAGCCCGCUUUAGACGUUAUAAGGCAAAUGAAGCCGUCUGCGUGGUAGAAGUUGAGGGAGCACCUGUCUUAAGCCCUCCAGCUGGGUUGGAUAUGGCCAUGUGUGGCACCGAAAAGCUUGGUGUACUGGGGAAAAUUAGGAUCUGGAAAGCUACUGCAGUUGUGCAAAUGUUGGAAAAGCAAAUGGGUCCAGAGCCAUUUCGAAAGGUUUUACAAAGAAUAAUCAUGAGAGCACAAGAUCCUAACCGCAAGAAUCGAACUCUAAGCACUACUGAGUUUCGUCAUUUUGCAAACAAAUUGGGAAAUCUGGAACGUCCGUUCUUGAAGGAUUUUUUUCCUCGCUGGGUUGAAUCAUCAGGGUGCCCACGCUUGAGGAUGGGAUUUGUAUACAGCAAGAGGCGUAACAUGGUAGAGCUUGCUGUUCACCGGGAGUCCACUGCUAUGCCUAAGCAUGUAGGAGUUAUCGGAAAAGUUGAAGCUCCAGAGUCAAAGCUCCGCCUCUCGGACAUGGGGUGGCCUGGCAUGAUGAGCAUAAGGUUGCAUGAGUUAGAUGGCAUGUAUGACCAUCCAAGUUUACCCAUGGCUGGUGAUUGCUACCAACUUUUAGAACUUCAGUGUCAUUCCAAGCUGGCUGGUCGGCGCAUACAACGUCCUAAGAAAGGAGCGAAGGGUGAAGCUGUUGAGGAUAAUGUGGAUGCUACUCCAGCUCAAAGUUUGGAGUCCCCACUUUUAUGGAUACGCGGGGAUCCAGAACUAGAAUAUUUAGCUGAGCUGAAUCUACGUCAACCUGAGCCUAUGUGGAUAAAUCAAUUGGAGAAAGAUAGGGAUGUUAUUGGUCAAAUACAAGCUGUAGCUGCAUUACGUGCCUAUCCUCGCACGUCCUUCGCUGUAGUCAAUGCUCUUAACAAUUGCCUCAUUGAUCCUAAGGUCUUCUGUCGCGUGAGAAUUGAAGCAGCUGCUGCACUCGCUAGUACCGCAUCAGAGGGAACAAGCUAUAUGGGGUUACAGAAUCUUUUAAAGUAUUAUAAAAGUCGUCGCUUUGAUCCCGACAUAGGUUUACCUAAGCCGAAUGACUUUCACGAUUUCUCCGAAUAUUUCGUUUUGGAGGCUAUUCCAGGAGCGGUAGCUGAAGUUCGUGGUAGUGACGGCAAGAGCCCGUUGGAAGCAACAGAUUUCAUUCUACAUAUUCUUAAGCAUAAUGACAACAGCGGGAAUGCAUAUUCUGAUGUAUUCUGGCUAGCGUCUGUCAUUGAAUCCAUAGGUUCACUGGAGUUCGGGAAGCAGAAUUUAAGGACGUUAGCACGGAUGCUUAAGCAGAUUGAUCGCUUCCUGCAAUAUGACAGAUUGAUGCCAAGUUAUAAUGGAGUUGUGACCAUAAGCUGCAUCCAUACUCUGGCUAAGCUUGCGAUACGCUUUUCUCAUGCUUUACCUACGGAACGAGUGAAACAACUGUUGAAUCAAUUCAAAGAUCGUCAAAAGGUUCAGUGGCAAGUCCGAGUGGCCGCCUUAAAGGCGCUAUUGGAUAUAGAGUUACAAUCUAAAGGAUUAGAAGCUGCAGUUAAUCUUGCUUUACAACAAGUCCAUGGUGAUUUGUCGUUUGGAGUUCAGAGCAAAAUUAUGAAGCAUGUGGUUCGUAUGGCUUCUAUCACGGAGAAAGGCAAAUGUAGAAUUGGAGGAGUUACUAUAGCACGCUUGCUGGCCUUGCUAGAAAGCAGUAAGGCCUUCCAUAACGUUAUGCUUCGGCAUAGCAUCUUCUCCUUUUUGCAGGUUCUUGCUGGCAGGUCGGCAUCUUUGUAUCGAUCAGCUGAGUUCCUCGCGAAAUUGGCACCAAAUCAUGUAUCCCAAGACAAGAGGUUUGCAAAGACUAAAAACUUGUUCAAACUUCGGCUUCGGCCUACACAAUCUCCAGCCCCUCCUGCUCCUCAGUCAGAGCCCUUGAAGCUUCGACUUAUACUGCCAAGUUCUUCUAAAGAUAAUGCUGAUCGGGCAGAGAGUGAAAGCUCUGGAGGCAAACGAUUCUCGAUUAAGUUAAAACUUUCGAAGUCUUCCUCUGCUCAUGAAGGUGCAGGUGACGAUACGAGCCAGGCUUUGGAAGUGUCCACCGGAGCUGUGCCUAUGGACCAUCAUGUUGCCAACUCUCCUCUCUCCGUUAAAGAGGAAGUAAAUCUUCAUGAGGUUAUAGAUUCAAAUCUAGGUUUCAGUCAGCUCGAGUCAUCCAGGACGCAGCCAUUAGACAAUCAUCCAGACGAAUCGCAAAUUCUCGACACGCAUAAUAUUCACGUUGGGGUGGAAGGCGACACGCAAGAUACAACGGCUCAAGGCAAUGAAGAAAUGAAAUACAGGGAUGUCGAAGGUACCGAAGAAUUAGUACAUGAGGAUACUGAAGGUGGCGGUAGUCCUAGAAGGUCCUACCAUGCUAAUACAUAUCCGGAGAGUGAUUCUCGGGCAAGUACGGAACAAGAGCCUCCUUUCGAUCUUUAUGGGGAGGAUACUCAGGAUGGCAUGGGAGAAUCUAGAGAUGAUUCGAGAAAGGCACUUGGUGUAUCUCGGACUAUGGAAUCUGAUCUUCAGGGCUAUAACAGUUUAUCAGGAAUGAUAGAUGCCGAAAAUAGUACACAGGACGGUGGUUUUGAGGAAACAGAAUCCCUAAGGCGGGUCGAGAAGCAGUCCGGGGAUAAGAAGGAAAGAAAACAUGAUAAAAAGGACAAGAAGGACCGCAAAGACAAGAAGAAGAAAAAGAAGCAUGAUAAGCACAAUGAUCCAGAGUACCUAGAGAAGAAAAGGAAGCGGAAAGAGGAACGAGAGCAGCGACACCGCCAAGAAGGACAUAAAUCUUCGAAAGAGGAAAAACACCGAAAAGAAGAUAGUCAUGAAAAAGUUGAGGAAAAGCCUGCUUUUGAUGCGCCUAUGAAUGAUUAUUCACAGUCGGAAGGUACUAAAGUUGAGAAUCAAGGCGGAAAUGAUAUUAUGAAGAUUAAGUUUAAGUUCAAGAAGCCAAGGACGACGACUUCUGAUAGAUAACCACAUCUUGCUGGAUUAAUCAGCGUCAGCACGGGGAGAGGAAACCAGGCUCAUUUUGUGUCGAGCCAACUCUGCUACAUGAUGUUGAGGUGGUCCUGUUGAAUAUUGAAGGUGCGCAAUGGUGAAACUAUCUCAAUAUGCGGAGUUCCUCUUCAAAUGGAGUCGGAGCGGGUGAAUCACAUGUUGGAGGCUAGGAUGAUAACUAGCUUUGGAGUGGUGGCUAUUUAUCAAAUGAUUAUCGCGCAUAUUGUGAAUGCCUGCUAAUACUGAAGUGAUGGAGACAUUAAAUUCGACACCGGCCGAACUAGUGUGAGGUUCUAAGUUUUUAGUUUCUGAGAAUGGCUUUCACCACGAGUCUGGCUUAGCACCGCCGCGUAUCGAUGAAAUUAUUGGAAGAUAUCACAGCAAGCUCUGGUUCAGGUGAGCUGGUCAAAGUUCUGGGAUCUUCUCGAGGGCUGGCACUUUUAGUUCUUUUGUCGCCGGAAGGUACUGCUGGUAGUGUGCAGCCGUGUUACGAUCUUGAUCUUGACAGUCAAGAUGCUGCUGGCACGAUGUUUCUUUUUUUCAUUUUAUUUAUCACCAUUCAUCUUCUGCACUUCAACUUG